ACCGGUCUCUGCGCCCCAGCAGAGGCACUGGAGAUGCUUUCUGGUACCCAGGAGGCGACAGGUGAACGUGAGGACGCAGAGUUGCGGUGCCGGGUGGCGGUAGAGGAGCUGAGUCCUGGAGGGCAACCUCGCAAGCGCCAGGCCCUGCGCACCGCGGAAUUGAGCCUGGGUCGAAACGAACGCCGCGAAUUGAUGCUGCGACUGCAGGCGCCGGGACCCGCGGGACGGCCACGCUGCUUCCCGCUGCGAGCCGUGCGCCUCUUCACCCGCUUCGCCUCGGCCGGGCGCAGCACGUUGCGCCUCCCCACGGAUGGCAUCCCUCGGGCUGGCUCAGUGCAGCUGCUGCUCUCGGACUGUCCCCCAGAGCGCUUGCGCCGCUUCCUGCGCACGCUGCGCCUGAAGCUAGCAGCUGCCCCAGGGCCGGGACCCGCCUCUGCUCGGGCACAACUGCUAGGCCCGCGGCCCCGAGACUUUGUCACCAUCAGUCCAGUGCAGCCGGAGGAGCUGCAGCGUGCUGCGGCCGACAGGGCUCCAGAUUCCGCGCUGGAGAAGCGGUCAAUGGAAUCCAAGUCUAGCACCGAAACUCCAAGGUGGCCCUUGCCUGUGAAGAAGCUGAGCAUGCACUCCACCAAACCAAAGCUUUCUGAGGAGCAGGCGGCUGUGCUGAAAAUGGUCCUGAAAGGCCAGAGCAUUUUCUUUACUGGGAGUGCAGGGACAGGAAAGUCCUAUCUGCUGAAGCAUAUCCUGCGUUCCCUGCCCCCUGCUGGCACUGUGGCCACUGCCAGCACUGGGGUGGCAGCCUGCCACAUCGGGGGCACCACCCUUCAUGCCUUUGCAGGCAUCGGCUCAGGCCAGGCUCCCCUGGCCCAGUGUGUGGCCCUGGCCCAGCGGCCAGGAGUGCGGCAGGGCUGGCUGAACUGCCGACGGUUGGUCAUUGACGAGAUCUCCAUGGUAGAGGCAGAGUUGUUUGACAAGUUGGAAGCUGUGGCCAGAGCUGUCAGGCAACAGCAGAAGCCAUUUGGAGGAAUCCAGCUCAUCAUCUGUGGGGACUUCCUACAGCUGCCACCGGUGACCAAAGGCUCCCAGAACCCUCGGUUCUGCUUCGAGGCCAAGAGCUGGAGGAGGUGUGUGCCAGUGGUGCUGGAGCUGACCGAGGUAUGGAGGCAGGCUGACCAGACCUUUGUCUCUCUGCUGCAGGCUGUGAGGUUGGGCAGAUGUUCAGAUGAAGUGACCCACCAGCUCAGGGCCACAGCUGCCCAUACAGUGGGACGAGAUGGAAUUGUAGCCACGAGACUCUGCACCCACCAGGAUGACGUGGCCCUUACCAAUGAGCGGCGACUGAAGGAGCUGCCAGGUGAAUUACACAGUUUCGAGGCUAUAGACAGUGACCCUGAGCUAGCCCGGACCCUGGAUGCCCAAUGUCCUGUUAGCCGUGUCCUUCAGUUAAAGCUAGGGGCUCAGGUCAUGCUGGUGAAGAACUUAGCAGUGUCCCGAGGCCUGGUGAAUGGUGCCCGAGGGGUGAUAGUUGGCUUUGAGUCAGAAGGGAGAGGGCUUCCCCGAGUAAGGUUCCUGUGUGGCGUCACUGAAGUCAUCCGCACCGAAUGCUGGACAGUACAGGUCACCGGGGGCCAGUUCCUCAGCCGGCAGCAGCUACCCCUACAGCUGGCUUGGGCAAUGUCCAUCCACAAGAGCCAGGGCAUGUCUCUGGACUGUGUGGAGAUCUCUCUGGGCCGUGUGUUUGCCAGUGGUCAAGCCUAUGUGGCCCUCUCCCGGGCCCGCAGCCUGCAGGGCCUACGUGUGCUAGACUUCGACCCCACGGUGGUUCGCUGUGACUCUCGAGUGCUGCACUUCUAUGCCACCCUGCGGCAGAGCAGGGGCCUCAGUCUGGAAUCCCAAGGUGAGGAGGAGGCAAACUCAGAUCUGGAGAACAUGGACCCAAACCUCUGA